GGUAGUACUACUACUCGCGCUCGCGAAGUUCGCUUCGUGGAGUUGUACAGCUUGAGGAACGAUUCGUGGAAGAUAAUCGAGGACGAUACAGAUCGCUCGCUUCGUCGUCUUCCUCUGCUCCCAUAUUCCCAGCAGCCUCCGUGCUACAAGGGGAAGCUGUAUUGGUGGGGCGCCGACGCAUAUCCGCGAGACGAGGCUACUCGUUUCGUCACGUUCGAUCUGAGCAGGGAAGUUUUCCAGAGAGCGGAGGAGGUGAGGAAUCCGGCUGAUCGGCCGUGGACUAUCGGUUCGUUGUUCGUGCCGUCGGACGACAAGGAGGAAGAUUCGUUGGUAGCGAUUUGUGUAGCUGAUCCUAAGUGCGAGUCGUUGGAGAUCUGGGCGAUGCUGAAGUUAUGGGUGCCGGAAUCGUGGAUCAAGUUGUUCACCAUCGACGUUGCGACCGCCUUCUACAGUUUCCAGGGAAUUUCCCGAAAUUCUUUGGUCUACUAUUGUUACAAGAAAGAUGUGCCGUUCCUCGUUGUCUAUCAUCUUGGGAGCGGAGAACGCAUCGAGCUUGACAUGUCCAGUACGGGGAGAAUACAUGAAGUCCUGAAUUAUGUGCCUUCUCUAGUUUCUUUGACCUGAUAAAAGGAACAGUUCAUGAAAAAUUUUAGGUACCAAAAUGUAAUUUUCCAAUGAUAUUUUCCGUUUAAAAAUAUAAAUUUUAGGUACCAAAAUGCAAAAUAGAAAAAAUAUAGGUACCAAAUCGUAAUUUG